CAUCUGGCAUCAGUCGGCUCCGGCCAUUUUGGUUGUUUUCCCUUUGUACUUGUAUCGAACCGUAUCGCCACUCCCGUUCACCAAGUUUGGCGUCCUACUCGAGAUGGCGGAUAAUCAGUACAGCAAUUACGGGGGCGGAUACGGAAAUUACGGCUACACCCAGGGCGGUGCUGCCGUGACUUCCAGCUACCCUCCAACGCCCACCUAUGAGCCUUCAUACAGCCAGCCGCCUCCAAAUCAAUGGCAGCAGCAAGGUUAUGGCGAUCAAAGCCAGCAGUCCUAUCCGCAAGGGCAAGCCCCAGGCGGUGCAGCCCCAACUCCCAACUACAGCCAGCCGCCGCCCACUGCUCCUCCUGGAGGAUACGGGUCACAAGCCAAUUAUGACUCGAAUAGCAUGAGCGGAGGCCAGUACCAGAACUACGGCCAACAGUCCGGUGGGUACGGCGGAGGCAACUAUGGAGGCAGCCAGCAGGGUGGGUACUCUGGCAGCGGAGGAGGCGGUGGCGGCGGAAGUGGUGGCUAUGGCAGCCGGGACGGAGGAGGCUACGGUGGUGGUGGUCGAGAUGGAGGAGGUUAUAACAGUGGGGGUCGAGGUGGUUAUAAUAAAGGUGGAUAUGGCGGUGGAGGUAAUGAUUACAUUGUCCAAGAGGAUACUAUUUUUGUGUCGGGCAUGAAUCCAAACACCUCGGAAGGUGAUAUCCAGGAGCAUUUUGGCGCGAUCGGUGUCAUCAAGACUGAUAAACGAAGCGGCAAGCCAAAAAUUUGGAUGUACAAUGACAAGGCAACAGGCCAGCCAAAAGGUGAAGCCACUGUCACCUAUGAUGACUCCAAUGCGGCAAGGUCUGCGAUUAAGUGGUUUGACAACAAGGAAUUUAAUGGAUCAACAAUAAAGGUUCAAAUGGCCACAAAGCGAGACAACCAUAUGGGUGGUCGAGGAGGCGGAAGAGGUGGUCGUGGUGGAGGCAGUGGUAGCGGAGGUGGUGGCGGUGGCGGUUAUAGUGGAGACAGCCACAGAGGAAGCGGUGGCGGCGGUGGCCGAGGAGGAGGCCCACGAGGAGGUGGAGGUGGAAUGAGAGGAAGCGGCGGUGGUGGCGGAGGAAGUGGUAGAGAAGGGGACUGGAAAUGUGCCAAUCCUGAUUGUGGCAACACGAACUUUGCCUGGAGGCAACAGUGCAAUCGCUGCAACGAAGACAAACCCCAUGGAGGUGGCGGUGGGAGCGGCGGAGGUGGUGGCAGUAGCAGUGGAGAUGGACCACUUAGAAGAGGAGGAGGAGGAGGAGGUGGUGGUAUGGAUCGAGGUGGGCGAGGAGGCCGAGGCGGUUUCGGAGGUGGCGGUGGAGGUGGUUACGGAGGAGGAAGAGGUGGUGGAAUGGACAGGGGCAGGGGUCGUGGAGGACCAAUGCGAGGAGGUGGAGGUGGCCGAGGACGAGACAGGAGCAGGCCGUACUGACAGUCCAAGCCUUUUUCAACCACCACUUUUUAGUUUUAAGCAUUGUCAAAAAAUUGUUUAAGUUGUGUACCUAAUUUUUAAAAAAAAUUUUAUUAUUAACUGUGUUUGGGGUUUUUGAUUAUUUUUUUUAUUCUCUUAGUUUUUUUGGUCUACCUAAGAACGUUAGAGAAAAAAUGUAUUUUGAGUUUCAAAACUGACUCGAACAUGUUAAGUAUUAUUUAUUUAAAAAUCGUAUGUACAUUCCUGUUUUGAUGUAAUAUAAAGCGUUCCAGCUGAUGAACGAGACUAACAAAUUUGAAAAUUCUCUUUGUAAAGAUAUUUAAUUGAACGUGAAGAUUCCAUUUACGAAAAAUUAAAAGUAAAAAAAAUGGAAAUAUCCCUUAGAGAUCCUCUUAAUAUGAAAUGAAAAUUAAAUUAUUGAUUUUAUCUUUAAAACAAUAAGUGAUUACUGUCAACAUACUGAAACCAGCAUGUAAAAGAGAACUCAAAACAGGUUCUACAUUUGUAUAAUUUCAAUCACCUUUUUGCUAAAAUUAAAGAUAAUAUACACACUUGA